UUCGUACCCAGCAGGCUUUCCAAAAAACUCUAACAGCUCACAAUUUAUACAUAUUCACAACGUACUACACAUGCCGAAUUCAGCCGUAAUCUACUCAGGUGUCUACGAAUUAGAUCGACUUCGACGGCGUCGCGAUCGCCGGGUACAGGAAUACAUUCAUCACCGUUCCCGUCGAGUCUACCAGCCGCCGCCUCCCGUUACCAUGUGCCGUAUCAUAAAAUAUCUGAUCUACAUCACAAUCUUUUUUGCUGUGCUGGCACUAGUUACAGGUGCAAUGGUGCUUUUGAUAAUUCACUUCCGCUUACCGGCUGACAAGCCGGCAGUGACCAAGAUACCCGGCCUCUGCACCGUGCCCGGAACGCAUGUGGGCGACGAGAAACAUAUUGUGUUUGGCCACAACCUCAUUAAAGAGAUGGCCGCCUUUCGACGGGAGAUAGAUCGUCAUGUUGAUGAAUUCGGAAUCGUUGGACAAAAACGAAUGACGGAGUGUAACACAGACCUCUUCUGGGGCUAUGCCACCGGUAAACCUUGCAUUUUGCUGAAACUUACCCAGUCGCUGGGCUUUAAACCUAUAACAUACAACUCUGCUUUGGAUCUACCGGAAGAAGCUCCACAUGAUGUGUUUUACCACGUAAUUGCACGUCCCAAAGAUCAGCGGGUUAACCGCAUCUGGCCGGCUUGCAAAGUACAAGAGAAUGACGGAUUAAACAUCAAGAUCAAAUAUAUUCCGGAACGUUACUUCGAAAUAACUGAUUUGUUCACAACCUAUAAUACCUCCUCCAAGAACCUGGAUGAAGGCGAUGACGAAGAUCCUGGCUUGAAGCGCUUUAUUGGUGUUCAAUUCCUUAACAUCCCGCCUAACCGCGAUAUAUUUAUCGAUUGUCAAGUAUGGGCAAAGAAUAUCCCGCUGAAGGCAGGGUCCGCCAAGUUUAGAUUGCGCUUAGUUGAACCUGUUCCGCCAAAACCUGAAGUAAUUGACGAUUUGGAAAGUUAAGCGAUUUUUUAAAUAUAUAUGUAAAUUAAGAACUCUUAUCCUUUACCUGAAUAAAAAAUCAUCAAGAAA